AGCGGUAAGACGAAUUAUUCAGUGUAUUGUGCGUUACAUUUUACUCUAUCCAUCCACUGUGAGUGUAAUUGAAUCGGUAGUGAGGUUUAUGUAGGAGCUAGAGUGCUCUGCUUGAAAGUUUUGGCGCCAAGCGUAACGGUUGGUGUACACAAAGAGUAAUCGCUUGCCAAGACUGUUAGUUUAUUACUUACCGCUACACCAGUGGACCUGAGGAUUAAUUAAAACAAUUUUCGAAAGUUUCACGCAUUUAUUCAUCGAAUAUAAAGUUUACGCACGACAAAAUGGAAAAGCGAGUAGCCCACCAACGUGGGAAUGUUGAUAAAUUUAUCGCUUACUGUGAGUCUGUGGUGAAUAUGCCUCAACCGAAUAUCACCAAGGGUUAUUUAGAGGCGAAGACAAAAAUUAUCAGCGAAUUUUGGGCCAAGUUGGACAAGGAGAAUGACGAAAUAUUAAGGGAAAUUGAGGAAGAAGAGAUGGUGUCGAAGUAUUUCACACAGAGAGAGUUCGAGAAAGCAUUUACGGCGUACGACAAGGUGACCGUCAAGAUUCAAUCUAAAUUGGAAAAAUUUGAAGGUCCUGGUCCUCAAUUGGGUCCUAUAACAUUCCCUGAAAAUGUAACUGUAAGAUCCAGCGAAGGAGAUACGAAAUUGAAACUGAAACCAAUAGACGUCCCGAAAUUCUUUGGAGAUUACAAGAAGUGGAUUUCAUUCAGAAACAUGUUUGAUUCGAUGGUCCACAAGAAUGAGAAGUUCAGCGGUCUCGAGAAAAUGCACUAUUUGAAGACGUGUCUAGGAGGAGAAGCUGAAGAUAUUUUAUCGCAAUUCGACAUCACGGAGGAGGCAUAUCCAGAAGCCUACAAGGUGAUAACGAGCCGUUACCAUAAUGAGGUGAUAUUGGUGGAUACACACAUAAUGGAUUUGUUAUCGCAACCGAAGCUGAUGUCAGAGUCAAGUGAUGCUAUUAAAGGAUUAUUGGAUGGUACGGAGAGAAAUUUGAGAGCUCUCGAAUGGUUGAAAAUCGAUGUAUCAACGUGGGAUCCCAUUUUACUGCUACUAUUGGUUCAAAAAUUAGAUAGAGCUACGAGGCGAUUAUGGGAGCAGAUGUUAAAGCCGAAAGUUAGACCUUCUAUGAAGGAAUUUCUCGAAUUUUUAGAUACGAGAUUUCACGCGCUGGGUUGCCAGCAGGUUUUUAAUUUUUCGAUCGAAUCAACGGAUAACUAUCAGCCGAGGUAUAAAAAAUUCAAAAAGAGCUCAGGAAACGAGCACAGUUUCAAUCCCGAAGAGCCGUUCCCGCCAAGAGUUCAUCAAAAUUUCCAUAACUCUUCUCAACCUAAACAGAGAAAUUGUCCUUUCAAUUGUGGCGAAGCCCACCAAGCAUCAGAUUGUGAGAAUUUCCAGAAAUCAAAUUUAGACCAGCGAUGGAGCUGGGUCAACGGAAAUAAGUUGUGCAAAAACUGUUUGAAAGGUCACCUUGGAAAAUGUUCGUUAAGGCCAGGUUGUCAGAAAUGCGGAAAGUAUCACCACACUUUACUGCAUGUGGAGUCAUCAAAGAAUCCUACAGUCGCCGCUUCAACGGGUAAUAGCCACGCUGGGCGGCAAGGAAAUAAUACUGAGAUUAGGAAUCAUCACACUAAUGUGCAACAAGAGCUUAAUCAAUUGCAACAGCGAAACGAAAUCGAGAGUGUGGAUCGUGUUGUGUGGGACGAACCGAUUAUGUUGGCAACGGCAAUAGUGCUGAUACGAUCAUUACGAGAUAAUCUCUUUUAUCCGUUCCGGGCACUUCUAGAUCAAGCUAGUACAGCAUCUUACGUUUGCGAAAAUGUGGUACAGUUUCUAGGGCUACAGAAACAACCAGUUAUUGCGUCGACUAGUGGUCUGGGAGGUGUUACCACAGGCAACAUAAAGUCUAUCGUUGAAUUCGAGCUAGGAUCGAAGCGCAACCACUCGUUCAGCAUGUUAACUCAAGCGCCAGUAACCAAAAAGAUCACAAGUCCAUUACCGUCAACGAUCUUGCGGAAAGCUGAAUGGGACCACAUCAAGGAUUUGCAAUUAGCAGACCCCGAAUUCAAUGUACCUGCGAAAAUAGACUUACUAUUAGGUGCACCGGUUUAUGGAUAUUUGCUAUUACCAGGACUGAUUAAAUCGUCACCCAUGUAUCCGGUUGCCCAGAACACUGAAUUCGGUUGGAUAUUAUCAGGAGCCACGAGACCUCAAGAUCCAGUGCAGCACAAGAUCACCAAUUUCCAUCUGAAACUAGAAUUAGAAGAUCAACUAAAGAAAUUUUUUGAUCAAGAAGAGGUGUCAAAGGAACGGAUUUUAACGCAAGAGGAAGUUCAAUGUGAGAAAAUUUUCGAGGAGACCGUACAAAGGCGAGAUGAUGGCAGGUUCGUUGUGGCUUUGCCGUUUAAAGGAAAUCCGAAGUCGCUAGGUGCGUCAAAGGGGCAAGCAUUUUCGCGUUUAAUGAAAUUGGAAUCGAGAUUCAAGGCCAACCAGGAAUUACAAGAAGAGUACGUUAAAAUUCUCAAAGAAUACGAAGAAUUAGAACACACAUCGGUUAUAGGCGAGUUAGAUAAAUCGACAGAGUCGACAAGUUAUUACCUUCCACAUCAUGCAGUGUUUAAACCAGAAUCGACGACAACGAAAACUAGAGUGGUGUUCGAUGCUUCGGCAAGGACGACAAGUGGAUUGUCUCUCAACGAUUUACUGAUGACGGGGCCCACACUUCAACAAGAUCUGAUGUCAAUAUUGCUAAGAUGGCGAACACAUCGUAUAUCAAUUAUGGCUGACAUCGCAAAGAUGUACCGGCAAGUAGUGGUGAGAAAGGAGGAUCGGAAAUACCAAAGAUUUCUGUUCAGAGAGAAGAUAAGGGAUCCGAUUUUGGAAUAUGAACACAACAUGGUCACGUUUGGCAUAACCGCGGCAACGUACUUAGCAGUGAAGGCAUUACAGUACCUGGCGAAAAUCGAAAAAGAUAAUUACAAAGAAGCGGCCGAAGUCGUUAUAAGAGAUUUUUACAUGGAUGACUGCAUGUCAGGAGCCGAUACAGUUCAGCAAGCAAUUCGGUUGUGCAAAGAUUUGAAAGAGUUAUUGGCCAAAGCUCAGUUUCCAUUACGGAAGUUUGUAUCUAAUUCCGCUGAAGUACUGGAGAGUCUGCCAGAAGCAGACAGAGAAUUGAAAUUGCCGUUGGAAAUAAACCUCGACAGUAAUAUAAAGACAUUAGGGAUCCGAUACGAACCCACAACGGAUGUAUUCAGGUUCAAGGUGAAUCUAGAAAAAGCCAAGAUACCACCAACGAAGAGGAGCAUGUUAUCAGAAACAGCUUCCUUGUUCGAUCCAUUAGGAUGGCUAGCUCCUGUAAUCGUCAGAGCUAAAAUUAUGUUCCAAGAUUUAUGGAAAGAAGGAUUAGACUGGAAGCAGGAAUUACCUAAAAAUAUAGCUAGUGUUUGGACAGAGUUCAGAAACGAAUUGCAUCAGUUGGAGAAUAUUCAAAUCAACAGAUGGAACCAUUUUGGCGCAGGAGUAAAGAAAAUCGAGAUUCACGGUUUUUCUGAUGCAUCAGAGAAAGCUUAUGCUGCGGUUAUAUAUUCUAGGGUCGUCAAUCAAAAUGAUGAAAUACAUAUCACAAUGCUGACUUCAAAGACUAGAGUCGCACCAAUCAAACAAAUAACGUUGCCACGCCUCGAAUUAUGUGGAGCGGUACUGUUGACGAAUCUAAUUGAAAACGUUCAAAAGGCAUUAGGCACGAAUAACGAAAAUGUGCAUGCAUGGACGGAUUCGACAAUAGUAUUAGGAUGGUUACGAACAGAUCCAGCCAAAUUAAAAACAUUUGUAGCAAACAGGGUCGUCGAAACACAUAAUGUGUUGAACAUUAAUCAAUGGCAUCACAUCGAAGGGACGAAAAAUCCAGCUGAUUGUGCCUCGAGAGGUAUAAGUCCAGGAGAACUAAAAAAUCACAAAUUAUGGUGGGAAGGAGCGGAAUGUUUAAAGGAACACAGAGAAUCUUGGGAACAAAAUUUACAAUUGCCACCAGUUACCUUAGAAUUGAAGAAGAAAGUCGUGUCAACAUUCGUGAUAACACCUCAUAACGAUUUCGAAGAUUUGUUCACGCGAUAUUCCAGUUUUAGACGUUUGAUACGAGUAACUGCGAUUUGUUGGAAGUUCGUGGAAAAUAUACAAGCUACAAGGGAAGUACGAAUAGCGACCCUUUGCUUAACGUUCGUAAACAAAUUACUGGAGAAAAGAAAAGGGAUGCAGUUGACCGUAACCGCAGAAGAUUUAAGAAGAGCAGAAUUGCGUCUAAUUCGUUUACAUCAAGGAAAGGAAUUUUCCAGGGAACUGCAUCAUUUAAUGAAGAAAGAAAACAUAAAUCCGAAGAGCAAGUUGCUGCCGUUAAACCCUUUCGUAGAUUCUAAUAAUUGUCUACGAGUUGGAGGACGUUUGGAAAAUGCGAAUAUUGAUUACGAUCGGAAACAUCCUCUCAUCAUAUCAGCAGGUGGUCUCGCUAAAUUAAUAAUCGCGGAUAUGCACGAAGAGACAUUGCAUGGAGGAACUCGUUUAACAAUGAAUAUGGUAAGGGAGAAAUACUGGAUAAUCAAUUUAAGACGACAAGUCAAGCAGUGCGUGUUGAACUGUGUCAAAUGUUGCCGGUACAAUCAAAGGAUGGGAGAGCAGAUCAUGGCUGAUUUACCACCUAAUCGAGUCACAGAAUCGAUGAUUUUCGCCGAGACGGGUUUGGAUUACGCGGGACCGUUUAAUAUCAAAGCAUCCAACGUGAGAUCCCCCCCAAUACGCAUAAAGCCAACAGUCGUAAAUGGAGAAGUGAUAAAAUCGAUACCGAAGAUUCCUGUUUAUGAAGGAUAUAUCGCACUUUUCAUCUGUUUUGCUACGAAAGCUGUACAUCUCGAAGUGGUUAGUGAUCAGACAACGGAAGCAUUUUUGGCGGCUUUUGACCGUUUCAUUAGUCGGAGAGGCACACCGGAACGCUGUCAUUCAGACAAUUCGAAGACAUUCAUUGGAGCCAAGAAUGUACUAGCAGUUGAAAGCGAACAGUCAAUGUUGGAUUACAAUCAAGUGAUUAAUCAUGCGGCAGACAAGGGCAUCAAUUGGUCGUUCAUCCCACCUAGAGCACCUCAUUUCGGUGGUAUAUGGGAAUCAAACAUCAAAUCCAUGAAGCACCAUUUGAAGCGAGUGAUCGGUGACAUCACGUUAACGUAUGAGGAGCUGUCAACUGUUCUGACGAAAGUUGAAGCUUGUUUAAAUUCGAGACCGAUGUGUCAAUUGAAUGAUGAUCCGAACGAUUUGAGUGUGUUGACACCCGGGCAUUUUUUGAUCGGUAGACCGUUGAAAGCCAGACCGAAAGGAAUAAUGGGGGCUAAAGGAGUCGGAGUGAAAGAAAGAUGGAACGUGGUUCAGAGAAUUUACAGAGAUUUUUGGGAUGCAUGGAGUAAGGAAUAUUUGAAUCAGUUGCAACACCGUCCGAAAUGGCAAGGUCAGAAGAAGAAUUUCAAAGAAGGAGAUGUAGUUCUACUGAAAGAAGACAACAUAGCUCCUACGAGAUGGCCGUUAGCACGAGUAGUAAAAGUUCACUCGAGCUUGGAUAAAAAUGUUCGAUCGGUGACGAUAAAAACACAUAACGAGUCUGGCAAAUUAAUCGAAUUGGAGCGGCCUAUAGUUAAAUUGUGUCCGCUACCCAUGGACGGAAAUGAACCGUUGAGUGAGGCCACUAAGAACCCACCGACUGUUCCGAGUCAUUAAGCAAUUUCUAACAACAAAAACAUUAAAAUUAAGUGAGAGACUGAUGUGUGAAUGGAUGGAUAGAGAGUGAACAUGAACUAGUGAUAAAGAUUGAGACAAUAGUGAUAAGGACACGAUAAACCAAUUGGAACUUAAGAAGAAAAAUAAUUCCGUCUUACCGUAUUGAUGACCGCACAUUAACGUUCAGCCAGGCAGUAUUCAGAUCCAGAUGCAUAAAGUUCCAGUACCUUUAAGAGGGCCGUUUUAUAUCCCUAGUAUUGCCCAAUCAUCGUCACUAGGGUGAUGCAAAAGGGAAGUUAAAGAAAAUUUCAUUUCACAAUUCACAUGAUGCUUACCGCAUAACACAUUUUCAGUAGAUUUGGUAGUAGCUGCAGUUUCAUAUUCCAAUGGUGGUAGGCAGCCGGGCAGUCAAUUAUUCCACUGGUCCAGACGAUCAACAAUUUAAUCCACUGGUCCAGACGAUCAACAAUUUAAUCAAUUGGUCCAGACGAUCAUC